AUGAACAUGCUUAUAAAAAGCGUAUUAAUUGCGUUUGUUAUCAAUAUACAAAUACACAUUGCAAAAUGUUUGAAACACGAGAAAAAUACCUAUUUCUCAAACUCGCCUAUAAAUUUCCAGUUUAAUAAUAUUAAUGAAUUUAGUAAAAAUAAAAAAUUCAUCAAGACAAAUGCUCAAAAAAUACAUAAUUUGAAUAAAAUACCACUUUUUAUAAAUAAUUAUAAAACAACCUAUGAAAAAAUUAACAGAUCAAAUGAAAACAGUUCAAAUAUAAGAAACAUCCAUAAAUAUAGUGUGGAAAAAAAAAAAAUUGUAUUAAAUGCUAAGAAUAAUCAACAGAAUGAAGGAAAAUUCGUUUUGUUUAAUAAUUCAGGCAAAAAUAGUACAGGAAAUUAUGGAAAUAAAAAUUAUGAAAAAAAUAAAAAUGGUAACGAUAUAUCAAAUAAUGGAGGAAAUGUAGGAAAUGCGGAAAAUGCAGGAAAUGCAUUGGCAAAUAAUACAAAUAUUAAUAAAGAAACCAUUGGAACAACCAAAGCUGGUGUUUUAAAUAAUAUUAUAGAAGGCGGUAAAACUAUAUCCUUGUUAAGUUUAUGGUACGUGUGCAAUAUUUUUUAUAAUAUAGAAAAUAAAAAGGCUUUAAAUAUAAUCAAUUUGCCAAUUACUCUAUCUGUGUUACAAAUAUACAUAGGUUUACCACUAUUUUUAAUUCCAUGGCUUUUAAAAUUAAAAAAUAAACCAGAAUUGUUUUAUGAUGAAAAUGCAAUGAAACAAAUAAGUCAAAGUGAUCGAAAUUUUAUAAUAAAAGGAUUUCAAAGAUAUAUAUUAUUUUUAAAAAAAUAUAGUAGCAUUAUGAAACAAAGUAUAUAUCAUGGAUAUACCCAUCUAUUAUCAGUUAUUGCUAUGGGGGCUGGUGCUAUUAGUUUUGUUCACAUUGUUAAAGCUUUAGGACCAUUAUUUGCCGCCUUUUUCGCAUUUGCUUUAACAAACACUAGAAUGUCGAUUUAUACUUAUGCAUCUUUGGUCCCAAUAGUAUUGGGUGUAUCCUUAGCUUCAAUAAAAGAGUUGUCAUUUACUUAUAAAGCAUUAUAUUCAACAUUAGUAGCAAAUGUAUUUACAACACUUCGAACCAUAGAAGCCAAAGACUUAAUGAGUAAAAAUCUUGAAAAGAUAGGAAAAAAUCUCACUCCAGAAAAUAUUUUUUCACUUCUAACUAUUUUUUCAGCUAUAUUUUUAACCCCAGCAUUAUAUAUGGAUGCACAUAAAUGGAAAGAUACCUAUUAUUAUUUAAUGAAUAAUAAACAAGUUUUAAAAGUUUUUGGAAAACAUGUUUUAAUGUCAGGUGUAUGGUUUUAUUUAUAUAACCAACUAUCAUUUAUUUCAUUAAACAGAUUAAAUCAUAUUACCCAUGCAGUUGCAAGUACAGUUAAAAGAGUAUUUUUAAUAUUAACUAGCUAUUUUAUUUUCGGAACGAAAUUUUCUUUUCUUGGAGGAGUUGGUUCAGCUAUGGCUGUAAGUGGCACAUUCCUUUAUUCAAUUGCGAAGAAAAAAUUUGGCUAA